CUGGUACAGCCCCUUUUAUGGCUUCCGCAAAUGCUGUUCCAGUUUUUUUGUUACCUUUUCUAAACCUCUACCCGUCCUCUGUCUCCUCUCCCACAUUCUGUGAGAUCCGUCGGAGACCCGACACACGAAUCCAUUUCUCCGGUACCUCUAGACGGACUCGCCGAAAAAUACGACGCCAACGAUCGGAGAGAGAUAUGUCAGUCAUCGUUCCUGUACAGGCACCGUCCCUCCGGCGAGAAAAGGAAGAUGAACCUUAUUCCGAUUCUAGAACCUGUUCAGGAAAGGGGGAGUUAUUGACAACAGAUAUUGAAGGCGAAAGGUGCUCUUCCAAUAAAACUGCUCCACGCAACAAUAGAUCUUUUAUGGGCGCCAUUAAAUGCUUUGGGGUAGACAUGUCCCCAGAUACCAUUGCAGUUGCAAUGGUAUACUUUGUUCAAGGAGUUUUAGGCCUUUCUAGGCUUGCUGUGAGCUUUUAUUUAAAAGAUGACCUGCAUCUAGAUCCAGCAGAGACAGCUCUUAUAUCUGGUUUCUCUGCAUUGCCGUGGCUAAUAAAGCCUCUUUAUGGCUUUAUCAGUGACUCUUUUCCACUUUUUGGUUAUCGAAGAAGGUCAUAUCUUGUUUUAUCAGGGCUUCUUGGAGCAUUCUCAUGGACUUUGAUGGCCACAUCUGUUGACAGCAAAUACAAUGCUGCGUUUUGUAUUCUUCUUGGAUCUCUUUCUGUUGCAUUUUCUGAUGUUGUUGUAGAUUCUAUGGUUGUAGAAAGGGCUCGAGGUGAAUCGCAAAGCACAUCUGGAUCCCUUCAAUCAUUAUGUUGGGGAUCAUCAGCUUUUGGAGGGAUUGUGAGUGCUUAUUUUAGUGGCUCUUUGGUGGAUGCUUAUGGUGUAAGAUUUGUCUUUGGUGUGACAGCAUUGCUUCCACUGAUAACAUCUGCAGUUGCUGUUCUUGUUAAAGAACAACGCAUGUCUAGAUAUAAUCUUUCUCUGUCAGGUCCUGGCUUUUUUGAGAGCUCAAAACAGAAUAUAAUUCAGCUAUGGAAUGCUGUCAGGCAGCCUAAUGUAUUUUUGCCCACCUUAUUCAUCUUCCUGUGGCAAGCAACACCGCAAUCAGACUCUGCCAUGUUUUUCUUUACGACAAACAGACUUGGUUUCACCCCAGAAUUUUUAGGUCGUGUCAAGCUUGUUACUUCAGUCGCAUCAUUGAUAGGUGUUGGACUGUAUAAUGGAUUUUUGAAGAAUGCUCCCUUGCAGAAGAUUUUUCUAUGUACAACCAUUAUGGGUGCUGCUCUUGGGAUGACACAGAUUUUCCUUGUUACUGGACUAAAUCGGCAGUUUGGUGUAAGUGAUGAAUGGUUUGCUAUUGGAGAUUCUUUGAUUAUAACAGUCCUUUCUCAGGCAUCAUUCAUGCCUGUACUUGUGCUAGCGGCAAGAUUAUGUCCAGAGGGCAUGGAAGCAACUCUGUUUGCCACCCUAAUGUCCAUUUCAAAUGGAGGUAGCGUUGUUGGAGGAUUGAUAGGUGCUGGUUUGACGCAAGUCUUUGGUGUCACGAAGGACAAUUUUGACAACUUGGCUUUGUUGAUAUUUCUGUGUAAUGUGAGUUCCUUGUUACCUUUGCCACUUCUUGGCCUCAUUCCCAGAGAUGGCCCAGAUUCCACGUCAAAGAGGAAUAUGGAUGUUGAACAGAUGAAGACAAAUUAAAUUAGCAGGUUUACCUCCAUGACAUGGCCCCUAAAAUUUUUUAGGCCAGCAGGUAUCAACUAUGUCACCUCCUAAUUGCAGACUUAAAGGGGGAGGAGGAUGUAGUUAGUGUGAAUAUAACAUGCCUACAUAAAAGGAAAUUCUCUCCCUUCUUUCCUUUUGUUUCUGCAUUUAUUUUGAUGAUCAUACAAAAAUUCUAAAUGCCAAUUUCUCCAAUAAUCAACAGUUGGAGUCUGGAGCUGAAGUGGCCAGGGAAGAAUUCCUUCCUAUUUUCUUCAGCUUCAGAAGAGGUGAUUUAAUUUAUUUUCUUUGGCCUUGUUUUUGCUGGAACAAAGCAUCCCCAGUAUAGAUGAGACAUUUUGAAUUCCUA